AUGAGGGAGACAGCGCCCAAUGGCUUUAAAGGAGGCGACAAGUUGAUUUACUGGGUCAAGGUGGCUAGGGUCUCGGGGCAGAUCUACGAAAAACUUUACAGUCCAGCUGCGUUCCGCAAGCCGUCCGAAGAGCGAUCCCGGACCGCCGCUGCUCUCGUAGAAGCGAUGAAUAAGGCUUGGAGUGAACGAGGACAAGGAACCAUCAUGGACAUGAAGAAGAAUCUGAGCUUAAACGAGACCGAAGUGCCGUCCAAGCGCAGGAAACUUCGGCAUGAAAGCCAAGUCGCUUUGGAGCCCGAUACGAAUACGCAGAGUGUUUCCAGUCGCUUAGAGGGCGUCUUCCUCUACGCCGACGUUGUAGUGCACUACUCGACCUGCGCACUCAUACAGCGAGCAACAAGCUUGGACAACAGCACCUUUAGCCAAGAAUGUCUUGAAUCUUCCCGAGCUGCGCUUACAGCACAUAUGCGAAGUAACGCUAAAUUCAACACUGGUGAGAAGACAGAGUUAUGGGCAGGAUACGUUCAGUGGUCAAUCCUCCAGGCUCCACUCACACCGUUCAUGGUCUUGUUCGGCAAUGCGAUACAGCAAACUGAUCCCACAGAUCUGAAGUCUCUUGCAGAAUUCGUCACAAGUCUCGAGUCGUGUCGAGAAUUCUCUGCAGGCGCAGAAAAGCUGUACAAGAUGUGUCUCCUCUUCUCGAAAGUUGCUGGCUUCUACAUCCAGGCAAAGAUCCAAGAGCGUCAGAAUGCCCAAAUGCCAUCGUCCUUGGGCUCGGAACAAGGAUACACUGAUGCGAUAAAUGCAGACGCCCCAAUCGACCUUGAUACCAUUGCACAAUUUGGCCCGCACCUGAGCGCUCUUGGCUUUGUGUCUGACCCCAUGUGGUCGACGGCGGAACAUGCGCCAGGUAUGACAACCCAGGGACAAGAAUUCUACGUCCCAGAACUCGAGGUGGAUAACGUAUCAGGAUCUGAUGGAUCAGGCACGCGCUAUGACACCGGAGGUGUGAGCCAUAAUUCGAUUCAAGACUGGUUUGCGGGGUCACGAUAUUUGAAUGGUUUUAUCGACACGGGGAUUGACAUGCAGAUGCCAGAAUUCAGCUUUGUAUGA